AUGUUGGAUCAGGACACCCCGGUACUGACCAUGGUGCUCAUCAACGGUGGUAUGCUAUUCUUCGAUCCAACGAAAGACGUUGAGUUAAAGGCCAGAUACAUUAUCAUUAUCAAUAAUGGCACGUUGCAAAUUGGCACCGAAGCCGAACCACAUCCAUCUCGAGCAACGAUCACAUUGUACGGUCAUGUACGUGAGAAGGAGCUACCCUUGUUCGGUGCUAAAGUGUUGGCACUCCGUAAUGGCACAUUGGAAUUGCAUGGUUUGCCUCGAGCAGUCACGUGGACACGACUUGCUCAACCGGCAGAUGUGGGCUCGAGAACAUUGGUUCUCAAACAACCUGUGGAUUGGCAACCAGGGGAAGAAAUUGUGAUCACGUCAACUGGGGGCCCGACUGCUCACAACGAAAAUGAAGUCCAUCGAAUACAGUCUAUCAGCAACAAUAGGAAGACACUAACCCUGAUCGAUAGUAUACAGUACCCCAAGAUAUCAACCACAAUCCAAUACUCAAAUGGUGUAUCCGGAUUUUUCGCUGCCGAAGUUGGUCUCCUCACACGUAAUGUGCUCAUACAUGGCGACCCCGAUUCGACCGUUCCAUCGUCGGUACCCCAGUGCUCUACAGAUUUUUCCACAGGACAAUUCGCGACACAAACUUGCUAUCAGGGCAAUCCAACCGACCAGAUGGGUGAGGAUCAGUUUGGUGGACACGUACACAUCGGUGGCCCGGUGAUCAACAGCAAUUCGGUUCGCGCGCAUAUCUCCUAUGUGGAGUUCCACUACAUGGGCCAGGCCUACCGUCUGGGACGAUAUCCAAUUCACUUUCAUCUGAAUGGUAUCAUGCGUGGAACUUACGUGAAAGGUUGCGCCAUCCACAACACUUUCAAUCGGGCUGUGAAUAUUCACAAUACACAUGAGGUAUUGAUUGAGAACAAUGUGGUCCACGAUGUGAUGGGCGGGGCCUUGUUCCUCGAGGACGGUCUGGAACAAUAUAAUAUCAUCCAGUACAAUCUGUUCGUACAUGUGAAGAAAACAAACAGUCUAUUGAACGAUGAUGUGGUGCCCGCCGCGUACUGGAUCACUCACCCGAACAAUAUUGUACGUCAUAACGUUGCCGCGGGUGGAACAAAUUUUGGUUUCUGGUAA